AUGGUGAUUGGAACAAGGUCCAAGAAUCAAGUGCUUAUUCCUUACGACCUUGAACCAGAGAGAAGUGCAAUGAAGUUAGCUAGAGAAAAAUAUUUAGCACAAGAUUCCAACCUUGGUGAUACUUUUCUUAAGGAUUUGUUCCGUGAUCCUGAGAGCAGCACAUCUAUUUUCCAACCUUUGGCACCAGUUGCACACAUGGCCCUAGCCUUACCUGCAACAGGUCAACCUUUAAGGAAUUCAUUGGCAGCGAGAAUCAAUGCAGUGCCAAUGUGCAUUAUAUAUCCAGAUGUGGAAGAUGGGACAACCUUUGAAAUCAAACCUCACAUCCUCAACAUAUUGCCAUCCUUUCAUGGGUUGCCAAACAGUGAUCCCAACAUGCAUUUGGCUGAUUUUAUUGAGGCAUGUGACAACACCAUAAUCAGAGGUUUCCCUUCUGAAGCUAUCAAGUUACGUUUGUUCCCAUUCUCUUUGAAGGAUAAAGCCAAGGCGUGGCUGCAUUCUCUGCCUGCCAAUAGCAUUACAACAUGGACAGAAUUGCAAGAAAAAUUUCUCAAUAAGUUUUUUCCUUCUUCCAAGACGCUUGCACUCAAGAAAGAGAUAUUGGCUUUCGCUCAAAAGCCAAACGAGUCUUUCCAUGAAGCUUGGGAACAGUAUAAUGAGAUGUACACAAAAUGUCAUCAUGCUGGGUUUGAUUCUAACCUUCAAAUGAACAUAUUUUAUGAUGGUCUCAAUGCCACCACCAAGAGUCAAGUGAAUGCAUUUGCUGGAUGGUCAUUAAUGUCGAAAUCUGCAAGGGAAGCAUUUGAGUUGUUUGAUAUGAUGGCUUCUGAAUCCCAACAAUGGACAGAAGAACAAACACAAAGUAGGGGAGUUUUUGAGAUUUCUCAGAGUUCUCCUAAUGUUUCUGCUCAAAUUGCUAAAAUAGAAAAGAAUUUUAAUGCCAAGUUUGCUGCCUUAAUGCAGGUCUCUUCCAUGCCCAAUGCCCAAGAAGCGUGCAUCAUUUGUAGUGAGACAACUCAUGACAUCACUCAAUGCCCCAACAAUGAUAGCUACCCUGAGCUUGUGCAAGAUCAUGUGAAUAUGGUGAAUAAUUUCAUUAGACCCAGAAGUGACCCUUAUUCCAAUACAUAUAAUCCUGGGUGGAAGAACCAUCCCAAUCUCAGUUGGGGUGGCAACCAACAGUCUUACCAAUCAACUAGUGAGACUAAGAAACCAUCUCUUGAAGACCAAAUGUCACAGCUAGCUCAACAUAUGUCUGCUUUCUCUAAUAGCACCAACAGUUUUAUCCAAUCCACACAAACUAGCAUUCAGAAUCUCACGGCAUCAGUGGGGAAUUUGGAGACUCAAGUUGGACAGCUUGCUACCAUGUUCAAUGAAAGAGAGAAAGGAAAGUUCCCGAGCCAAUCUGAGCAAAAUCCAAGAGGGAUGGAGCAUUGCAAA